GAAACAGUGUGAGUGUGUGAGUUCCGUGUGGGAGAGGUCGUGGUAAACAGUUCCGCGCGCUCCGCGUGUUUGGAUGGUCUAAGCGGUAAAGCCGCUGUUUCGUGACCCCGCGCGCUGCCAGACUCCGUUCGCCGCUCUCCUCAUUAUGCUGCUGUGCGGCGCUCGGGCGCUGCGGGAGGGCGUGGCCCGCUGCGGGCUCUCUCUCCGGGGAGGGGUGCCGCUCCGGCCCGCGGUCUCCUUCACCCAGACCCGCGGGCGCUCCGCCGCUCCGCCCGGGGACGCGGCUCGGGCUGCCGGGAGCAGCAGCCAGCCGGGAGACCACCGGCACACCGUGCUGCUGCCCCGCUCCGCCUUCCCCAUGAAGCUCAGCGGCCCCGAGCUGCUGAACCUGGAGCUGCGCAUCCAGCAGGAAUGCAGCUUCGAGCAGUUGUACUCCUGGCAGAGAGAGAGAAAGGCUAAGAAGGAGUUUUGUCUUCACGAUGGACCUCCCUAUGCUAAUGGAGAUGCUCAUGUUGGUCAUGCUCUCAACAAGAUCUUGAAAGACAUCCAUAAUCGUUUUGAAAUGCUGAGAGGGAGAAAAGUGCACUAUGUCCCUGGCUGGGACUGUCACGGACUGCCCAUCGAGCUGAAAGCACUGGGGGAGCUGCAGGCCAAAGAUAUGACACCUCUGCAGAUCAGACAGAAAGCGCGUGAGUUUGCAGAAGAAGCUAUAGCACGUCAGCGGGCAGCGUUCCAGCGCUGGGGUGUGAUGGCCGACUGGGAGAACUGUUACUACACCUUUAAUGGGCAGUAUGAGGCUGCACAGCUGCGGGUCUUCGAGGACAUGCACAGCAAGGGUUUGAUUUACCAGGACUACAAACCAGUCUUUUGGUCACCGUCAACCAGGACGGCGCUGGCAGAAGCUGAGCUGGAGUAUAACUCUGAGCAUGUGAGCAAGGCUGUGUACGCUACUUUCCCUCUGACCACCCCUCCAUCUAAACUAGCAGUAGGCUUAGAGGCAGCUGAUAAAGUGUCUGUGCUGGUUUGGACGACGCAGCCGUGGACAAUUCCAGCAAAUCAGGCCAUCUGCUUCAUGCCCAAAGCCCAGUAUUCUCUGGUGAAGAGAGCAGAUAAUGAGCAGCUCCUGCUAGUGGCUACAGAACGCAUUACCAGUCUGACCUCUGCACUUGGCACUAAUCUGCAGAGCCUGGGAACUUUCACAGGUUCGGAUCUGGAGGGUGGAGUCUGCCAGCAUCCCACCAUCUCUGGAAAAGAGGUGCCACUGUUGCCGGCUAAUCAUGUGACCAUGGCCAAAGGAACCGGAUUGGUCCACACUGCUCCUGCUCAUGGCAUGGAGGACUACAGCGUGGCCACUCACUUCCAACUGCCUGUGGAGUGUAUGGUGGACGAAGAAGGAAAGUUUACGGAGCUGGCUGGAGUUGAUCUCCAGGAGCAGUCUGUGUUUGAGGAAGGCACUUCUACAGUGAUCUCAAUGCUGCGGGCCGCUGGUGCGUUGGUGAAAGAGGAGGAGUGUGUGCACAGUUACCCGUACGACUGGCGGAGUAAGAAACCAGUGAUAAUUCGAGCCAGCAAGCAGUGGUUCAUCAACACAGCCAGUCUUAAAGACAAGGCCAAGGAAGUGCUGCAGAAGGUUCGGGUCAUGCCAGAGUCAGCAAGGGCCAGUCUCUUAGCCAUGCUGGACAGACGGACGUACUGGUGCAUCUCCCGCCAGAGAAGCUGGGGAGUCCCCAUACCAGUCUUCUAUCACAAACAGACUGGAGAGCCACUCAUAAACAAGCACACAGUGGCUCACAUAGCCAAAGUGUUUGCGGAGAAAGGAAGCGACAGCUGGUGGGAGGAGCCUAUAGAAACACUGCUUCCCCCAGAUGUGCUCAAGAAGAGCAAAGCAGGUGCAGUGACGGAUUAUGAGCGUGGGGAAGAUGUACUGGACAUCUGGUUUGACAGUGGUACAUCCUGGGCUGCUGUACUGCAGGCGGGUGAGGAAGAAGCCUCGUCCACACAGACCAAGCGAGGAUGGUUCAGUCGAUCCAGUACCGCAGUACAAGAGGCUGAGCCGCGUGCAGAUGUCUAUGUGGAAGGGAAGGAUCAGAUUGGUGGCUGGUUCCAGUCGUCUCUGCUGACCAGCGUGGCUGUGCGCAACAAAGCCCCCUACAAAGCUCUUGUGGUCCACGGCUUUGCUCUCAGUGAGAAAGGAGAGAAGAUGUCUAAGAGUCUUGGUAAUGUGGUGGAUCCUGAUGUCGUCAUCAACGGAGGAACGGAUAAAGCAGCCUCUCCUGCUUAUGGUGCGGAUGUGUUGAGGUGGUGGGUUGCAGAAUCCAACGUGUUCUCUGAAGUUCAGAUCGGCCCCAAAGCUCUGAACUCAGCCAGAGAGAACAUUAACAAGUUGAGGAACACUCUGAAGUUCUUGCUGGGGAAUCUGCAGGGUUUUGAUCCUCGUACUCAGGCUGUGGACCCCAAAGAAAUGCACUACAUAGAUCAGUACCUGCUGCACCUGCUCCGGGAGUACAGCAUCAAGGUAACUGAUGCCUAUAACGAGUUUGAUUGUGGUCGAGUGAUCCGCCUACUCCAGGCCUUCAUCACCCGAGACCUUUCCAACUUUUACUUCAGCAUCAUCAAAGACAGGCUGUACUGCGAUGCUGAGAACUCUGUGGGUAGGAGGUCGUGCCAGACGGCUCUAGAAGAGAUUUUGGAUGGUGUCACGCGAUCCAUUGCCCCCAUCCUGCCUCAUCUGGCAGAGGAGGUGUAUCAGCAUGCCCCUGGACACGAUGAAGGAGAGACUCUGUUCCGGAGCGGCUGGGUUAAAAGCAGCUCUGUGUGGAGGAAGCCAGGAUUGGAGGAGGCAGUGGAGGGGGCGUGUGCUAUCAGAGACUCGUUCCUAUCGUCUAUCCCAGGACGCAACGCAGUAGAGUACGACCUCACCAUCGCUAUCGAGCCUGGUCUUCUCUUUGAGCUCAUGGAGUCUCUGCAGGAGGAGCCCACAUCCACCUGCUCUCAGCUGACGGAGCUGAUGAUGGCAUCUCGCACCACGCUGACCAGCACUCUCCCCAGGGACCUGCCUUCUGAUGCCAUCACCAACAGUGGGAGCUUCCUCAUCAACCUGGAGGGUGGUGUUAUCCGUGAGGACAGCACAUAUGCCAUAGCAGCAGUGCCCAUCUCUCUCUCCCGCUGUCCACGAUGUCGCCGUUACACGUCAGAUACUCCCGAAUGUCUCUGUCCGCGAUGCCAAACUGUCCCCGGACACUCCCAGUAGAUGCCUGACGUCUCAAUGACUAUCACCUGCCUGCUGCUCCGGUCACGACAGUCAGUCUGCGGAAACGAGGGCUACUGUGGACCAAUAAGAACUGCUCAGCUUUCCUUACUACUACUUCCUUAUUAUUCUGCACUGUUUCUGAUGUGGAGCUGGUUAUGGACAAGGCCUUGGGUGGGUGUUUGAGUAAUGCAGCAGAACUUACAGUGCAUAACUUUCAGUAAUAAUAAUAAACAGUAAUAAAUAUUCAUUUAAAGAUCUUUAUUUGGUCAGCCAGUUUUGGGCACCUUUAUGAAGCAUCAAAUUCUUAAUUAUUGUUUAUUCUAAUGUUAAAUUCUGUUUUUACAAGCAAAAAUAACUGGCCAAAUAUAUUGUUUUAUAGUAUAUACACAUAUAACAGGACAUCAUACGCACAAAAAGAAUCUGACAUUACUCAAACACAUUCAGUGUGUUGACAUAAAACUGGUUUUGGGAGUAUUUAUUUAGGAGGUACCGUUCCAUAAGGCAAUUUACACUCAACGAGUUCAGAGAAAGUCAGCCAUCAGUGAAAUCAACUGAAAAGCUACUGACCAGCAGCAAGUUUCCCAAAAGCCUCUGGGGAAAAAAUGAGUGAAAGAUUAUUAUUAAAUGCUUUACUCUAAACUAGGGCUGGGCGAUAUUGUAGGCUAAUAUUGUAUCAUUAUAUUUAAUAUCAUUAAAAUAAAUAUCAUUGAAAUAAACAGGACUAAUUCCAUUUUGUUCUGUAAUAAAAUGUGCAGUUGGUCAAUGUUUUUUAUGCAUUGACAACAUGCAAGAUAUGCUCAGGAAAAUAUUAUUAUUAUUAUAUAUCACUGCUGUCCAAUGAAAAACAGGUAUCUCCAUUUUUGCCCAUUUUUAGUUUCCAUCAUCAAUUGAACCAUGUAGCUGAUUGGUAUACUAUGUAAAUAAUUCUGGAUGAAUGGACCACUAGAAUGGCUCUAACAUAAAAUUAAAAACUUUCAUUUUACGCUAACUUCUAUUCAAAGAACAUUUUUGCCUUCUCCUUUAAAUUUACUAUUUUGACGAUACCAUUUUUCUUAAUUGGACAGUGACGAUAUAUUAUGUAUCACAAAAAAAAAUCAUCAUCAUAUGAUAAAAUGUUGCAAUAUUGCCCACCCUUACACUGUUUAUACUUCCUCUCAAUUUAAAGGAGAACUCCGGUGUGAAAUGUGAUUAAAAAGUACCUAUCUUUGCUAAAUAGCCCACAUCUAUUCUCCCGCAGCUUUCUGAGAUCCUGUAUAUUUGUGCACUUGGUUAAAACAGGCUAGAAUGUGUUUUAACAAGGCAUGUUUUGCCCCUGCAAAUAAAUUCGCUUUUUCGACCGUUAUCCAGGCUCAAAGUAGCUUCACACCUCAUUGGUGGACUUUGGAGAGUCUUGUCCUUUAAAACGAGGCAUUAAGAACUUUAAAAGUAAACAAGAAGUGUAUUAAAAGCCACUGUUCACAUCACAUAGCGUAGCUAAAUCUCAGAGUGCCGACAUCUUAAAAAAAUAUAAAGUCAUGAUCAGUAGAGUGAAGAGCACCAAAAAUUAUUUCACACUGGAGCUCUCCUUUAAGAAGAUUCUAAUAUUUCAGGGCUUUUGGGAAACUGUGCCCAGUGAAGACAGAAUGUAUAUACAUGUCACAUGUCAGUGUGUGUGUGUGUGGGUGUAAGAAUGAGUGUGGGUGUAAGAGAACGAGAGACAUUAAACCGAACAGAGAAUAAAGGCAUGUUUCUUCCAGACAGGUUUUAUAGUUUGUUUUAUUGAUAUAAUUCCUAAAGCCAUGGCAGAGGUUCCUCCUUAAAGCUGUGUAAAUGUGUUUGAGUUUAUUAAGAGAGAAAAGUGUGUUUAAAGAUUUGCAGAAAACAAAAAUAUCUCUUUACUUAUGAAUGAGAAAAUGCUUUGUACUGUCUGACUGUUUAUCCUUGUACACAAAGCAAAACAGAAUAAAGGCACACAUGAAGGAUG